ACAAUUUAUUUUCGUUACGAUUUUCCAAAUGUCAAUAAUGGCGGGUUCUCUGAUGCCUGUUUUCCUUCUGGUCAUUUGCUUCGCUGAGGCUGCUGCAUAUCACCUCUUCCAUUACCACCACCACGGUAACCACUUUAGAAACGUGGCGUAUGGAAAACAGGCAGUCCAAAGUUCUAAUUAUGAUUCCAGAAAAUGGCCAGCAUCGAAUGCUGUCAAUGGUCUCCUCACAGACUUCGCCCAUACCAAAACAGAAAGAUUCCCAUGGCUUCGGAUUGAUCUAGGAAAGAACUAUAAAGUUCACGAAGUAGAGGUCUUCACUAGACCGGAUUGCUGUGGUGGCCGACUUCAUGACGUUGACGUCAGAGUAGGCAAAACACCGUACGUCAUGCAUUUUUGUGGCCAUUUCUCGGGACCUACAAAAGUUGGACAAAGGUUUUCUGUCUGGUGCCCUUCUGGUACAUCCGGGCGAUAUGUACAAAUACAGAACGUCGGGGGAUCGCCAAAUAAGCUUGACCCGGCAGAAGUGGUUGUUUGGGGACAUUUGUAAUUGAUCAAAGAAUUUUCAUUUGAUUAAUUGGGGACAUUUGUAAUUGAUCAAAGAAUUCUCAAUUGAUUAAUUGGGGACAUUCGUAAUUGAUUAUUGAAAUCUCAAUAAAUUGAAUUUGCUUGAAAUAAAUAAUUCUUAUAUUC